GAAUAAUGUAACAGAUGAAAAGAAGAAGACAAUCAGUAAAUUUUGACCGGUAUUUAUUUUAUAGAAGAUUUGUGAGUGAUUGGUAUAGACUUUUUGGGUUUUAUUAAAAUGUCGCAAAGUCCGUUCAGUGCAUCUAAUCGGGUCCCAAUUCAAGUGAAACCACAAACGCCUAAAACAUUACUAUCACAACAAAACACAAGUCAGAAUGACCUCUCAAUCUCGUUGUUACCACAAGAAGUAUCGCGUAUUCUGGGCCGACAACAACGCCAGUUGUCGCAUAAUGAAUCGAGCGCAUUUUUUGAUAACUUCAAUUUGACUGUUGGCGAUGGAAUGACCGUCAGUGAUCGCUCUGUUUUAGGUGAAACCCAGCAUAUGUCUUCGGUGAAGGAAAAAACAGAUUUGUUGUUUCCUCAAUUUUUGGAAGUCUUGCAGGGACGUAACAACGACUCUGAAGUUUUUGAUACCAUACAAGAUUUAAUACAGACUUGUACUGGCGUCGCCGAUGAAUUGCAAAGAACGCAGUUACAACUUGCCCCCACAUCCAAAGGUCAAAUUAAAAGUUAUAUGUGGUUAGAACAAGAAAUAAAAACUUGGAAGUUGCUAUAUGCCUUAUACAAAGAUCGUGUAAUGAUACAAGCUGAAGGUGGCGAUAUUGAUUGUGAGAUGCCGCCUCUGGGAGGUUCUGAAAAAGAAGUUAUCGCACAAUUAUAUGCAUGCAAUUCUACACUACGAGAGUACCAAUUAAUAGUCGAUUGGCUUGAAGCUUGUUAUGAGAGAAGCGAUUCACAACCUCAAGUGGGUCAUAUUACAAACCGUGCAGUUGGUUGGGAAAAUACACUAUUUCAAUUACAAAACCGUCGCGAAGUAGCUUUUGGCACUGGUGUUGAAAUCGUUAAAUCACUAGACCCAGAUGCUCCUAUUCGAGAACGACGCCCACUUCAUGCUCUGGAUGAAGAGGAUAAUAUGCGCUUGUCGCAGAGUAUUUUUACAGAAAUUCGACAAGGACGCAUUGAUGAAGCUAUGACGCUUUGCAAAUACAGUGGUCAAACAUGGCGUGCAGCUAUACUAGAAGGUUGGCGUUUACAUGAAGAUCCUAAUUAUGAAACGCAGGUAAAUGCGCGAGAGAAACUGCCCAUUGAAGGUAAUCCCCGCCGUGAUAUAUGGAAAAAAUGUGCCUGGCUUAUGGCUGAUUCCAAAAAGUUUGAUGAAUAUACCCGCGCUAUAGCUGGAGCUUUUUGCGGUCAUCUUGAAUCCUUAAAAGCUCUUUUGAACGGUUCGUGGGAGGAUCUUUUAUGGGCAUAUCUUAAAGUACAAAUUGAUAUACGUGUAGAAAGUGAAAUACGAGCUUGUUGUAUGAAGACUUACCAUCAGUUGACAGACGGUUAUUGGAAUUCAAAAAUGUCAUUAGAGCAAAUAUUUGAAGAACUCGCAGUCUCUAACGAUGCAGCUGUACGAGAUUAUGCCUACAGUAAAAUAGGAAUAAUACAAAAAUAUUUGAUAUUGGACAACAUCGGUGAAUUGUUGCAGAACAUGCGUCGUUGGAUUGAAGAGUCUGAUAAUGUCAAUGCGUCAAAAGAAAAUAUCUCUCCCCAUCUUUUACGUUUCCUUACACAUAUUGUGCUUUUCAUGCGUCAAAUUGGUCGAGUCGAUAAAGAGGAAACUGCAGAUAGCAUUGUUGCUGCUUAUGUUGAAUCAUUGAUAGAACGAGGAGACGCACAAUUAGUUGCAUUUUACACGGCCGCGUUACCUGUCAAGGUACAAAUAUUAUUGUACUCUAAGUUCCUUGAGCAGGUCAAAGAGUCUUCAGCUCGCUAUGCAGCCCUUACGGAGGCUAUUAAUGCUGGUCUCGAUAUAGAGAAUAUAACACGCCAUACAGUAAAUACCAUACGACAACGAAUGCCAGGGGAUGUAGAUGAAGCCAAGCAUGGCAAACUUCAGGUUGGAGAAAUUUCAACAUUCGAUCAACAAAAAAUUAGUGCUUUAGAGUGGCUUACAUUUUUGCCAACACAACGCGGAGAUCUGUUAUGGCAAGCUAACGCGAUGAUACGCACAUUCCUGGGUGAAAACAAAUUAGAAUGUGUGCGCGCCGUUUAUGAACUUGUGCCAUCAGAUUCUCUCUCGCAAAUUAUAAAUAUUUUUGGAACGAAAGAUAAUUUGCCGUGUCGCGAAGAAUGUAGCGUUAAGGAAUAUCUUAGUUAUAAAGUCUACUUAGCGGCAAUCGAUGGUUUUAAUGACUGGUCACGCCUAUUGCAUAACAGACCAAAAGAACCACAGUUAGUGACAGCAGGUGCAAAUUUUACCGAACGUAUUGCAUCAGAGCAUAAAGAACAAGUAUAUAGAGCAGAAUUGAAACGCUGGGAAUCGAAUCUAGAGGAACAAACAAAAUUAACACGCGAUGCAUUAUUCAAUAUAUUACUAUUUCCCGAAAAGGGUUGGUUAAUUGAUCCCGACACCUUAAAAGAUCCAGCUAAUAUAAGUGAGAUGGACUGGGAUAAUCGUCAAAUACAGUUAGAGAAGCUACGCAGCAUUUGUAUACCAGAAGUAGUGUUACUUUUACACAAAGUUCUCCACUCUUCGGGCGACUAUCAGGGUUGUGUAAAGCUGUCGGAGGAGAUUGCCACGGAAAAUCGACAACUUUAUAAAGUGUACACGAAACAUAAGUUGGCCGAGUUGCUUUCGAAAAUUGCCGAAUCUUCAUUGGAGUUAUUAAACAAAAAGUUGGACCCAUGGGGCUAUACGACAACUCUUUAAACAUUUCAAGUGUGUGUGAUUAAAUUAUAAAUAAAUUAAAUUAAUCACAA